GACAGUGAUUAAAAGCGUCAUCAAAUUGGAGACACCUGUGGCUUAGUGGUCUAUUACAUCAACGGCGUAAUGAGUAAUACGUUAAAACUGUAAUAUUUAAGCUACAAAAUGAAACACUUGCCAUAACUUUUAGCUUGUUCGAGUUGUCAAACAACUUUAAAAGUGCAGCCAGGGGCCAGUUGGUGAAGCCAGUCAUUGGAUGAUUCAGUUUCCAGUAACGUUUAAGUUGGCUAACGUUAGCUAGCUAACUUAGAUUAAAACAACAACAACCACAAAAAAACUCAAGGUGCCAACAGCGAGAUACUUUUAAAACGGCUGGCGUUAGUAGUUAGAUUCAAUUGUUAAAUACAUCUACAAUUAAGAUAGUCCCAAAUUCAACAAUGAAGGAGAUACUGAAGUGUGUGAGCCACCAGCAGGCCAGCCAGCUGCUCCAUAACAAGUUCAUUGUGGUGCUGGGAGACUCCAUUCAGCGGUCCGUGUACAAGGACCUUGUUCUGCUGUUGCAGAAGGAGAAAUAUCUCAAUUUAAGACAACUCAAGAGCAAGGGUGAGAUGAGCUUUGAACAGGACUGCCUGGUGGAAGGGGGUUGUCUAGGCCAAAUGAGCAAUGGAACGGAGUACCGGGAGGUUCGGCAGUUUCAGUCUGCUCACCACCUGGUCCGCUUCUACUUUGUGACGCGCAUCUACUCUCGCUACAUGCAGAGCAUCCUAGAAGACUUCCGCCACGGCUUGAAACCAGAUGUGGUCAUUGUCAACUCCUGCGUUUGGGAUAUUUCAAGAUACUAUUCCAGUUGGGUUGAUGACUACAAGGAGAACCUACAUAAGUUCUUUGAUGAGCUGAGGGGGAUUCUGCUUGAGGAAACCCUGGUCGUAUGGAACGUCACCAUGCCCUUAGGAGAGAGAAUCACAGGUGGUUUCCUGGUGCCGGAGAUUGAGCACAAGGCUCCCCACCUGCGCUACGAUGUGAUUGAAGCCAACUUCUACAGCGGAACUCUGGCUGACGCCUACAGAAUGGAUGUGUUGGACCUCCACUUCCAGUUCCGCUUCUCCCUGCACCAUCGUACGAAGGACGGAGUCCACUGGAACGCCCUUGCCCACCGCAGGAUAACCUCUCUGCUGUUACAGCACACUGCACAGGCCUGGGGUGUCGUCAUGCCCUGCCCACUGACUGCUGUUGAGCAUACUGAGGUUACUGAUCAGCAGCCAGCCUAUGGAAAUGCUACUAAACCUGCAGAACGACACUCAUCAAAGGGAAAUUACAACGGCUACAGGGAGGAGUUCUUCAGUGAUUCCCUCCCUUCUGGCUACUUGAACUUCGAGACGAACAACCUGCAGCCAAAGACUCAUCACCAUGAGGCCGCUGGAGCUUACAGACCUGCCCUCCUGCCACAGCCUCACCAGCCAGUCCACAGACAUCAACAUAAACAUGGACAGGCUAAAAAUAGUUUCCACCACAGGCCUCCCCACCACUUUAAGCCCUACAACGAGCACCAUCAUCAGUACGUGAUGAGGAGCCGAUACACCAGACACCACUAUGCUCCAUACACCCAUCACAGACCCAGUCAAUACGCCCAUCAUGGCCGCUACUACUGAGGCGGUAGCUGCCAGACGUGGUCAUAUUCUACUUAUUGUGUUAUCUACUCCAGUACAUUGUUUCACAACAGUCCUCUUUGUUCUAUCACAACUAUACAACAGGUUUGUAACGAGGAGGAAGCAUUAAUCCCCAACCUGCUUAGUUCACGCAGAUUUUAAUUCGAUGAAUGUCCUCAGACGUACACAUAUUGGUCUAUUUUCUUGUAUUGUACUCUUUUAGUUGUUUUGAAUUUUCAAAUUGAGUUUGUUCUUUGGCACCAAAAAUAGAUUUUAAAUAUAUUUCAUUUCAGAAAUUUUUUUUUAAAUUCAGUCCUUAAAAUGUCAGGUACUUUGUUCUAAUAAAGUUGAUGCUAAGAUUUAA